AUGCAUUUUUCUGUCUUUCUUUCUUCUCUUUUUCCUUUCUUUCUUUCUUUCUUUUUUCUGUUUGACGCUUUCUUCUCUUUUGUCUCUUUCUUCUAUUUCUCUUUUUUUCUUUCUUCUCUACGGCUAUCUUUCUUUUUUCAUUUCUUUCUCUUUCCAUUGUUUCUUUCGUUUUUUCCUUCUUUCUUUCUUUCUUUCUUUCUUUCUUUCUUUCUUCUGUUUUUUCUUCCUUUCUUUCUUCUCUUUUCCUUUCUUUCUUUCUUUUUCACUUCUUUCUUUCUUUCUUUCUUUCUUUCUUCUCUUUUCCUUUCUUUCUUUCUUUCUUUCUUUCUUCUGUUUUUGCUUUCUUUCUUUCUUUCUUUUUUUCUUUCUUCUCUUUUCCUUUCUUCUGUUUUUCCUUUCUUUCUUUUUUCUUUCUUUCUUUCUUUCUUUCUUUCUUUCUUCUUUUUUUUGCUUUCUUUCUUUCUUUUUCCUUUCUUUCUUUUUUCUUUCUUUUUUUUCUUUUUUUUCCUUUCUUUCUUCUGUUUUUCCCUUCUUUCUUUCUUUCUUUCUUUCUUUCUUUCUUUCUGCUUGACGCUGUCUUCUCUUUUGCCUUUUUCUUUCUUUCAUUUGUCCUUUUCUUUAUUUCUUCUCUACGGCUUUCUUUCUAUUUUUCUUUCUUUCUUUCGUUCUAUCUUUCUUUCUUUCUUUUUCCCGUUCAUUCAAUCAUUUCCCCUCUGUUUCCCCUCUUUUUGUUCUCCCUCACCGCUGCAAAUAUGA